AUGUCUACAAUAAUCUUCAUUAUGGUCCCCUGUCCCUUUUGCUGGUGUGGUGUUAACAGCUUUGGUGUGGUGAUGCUUGUUGUCAUAUCGGCACGUAAGGCCGUGCAUGUGAGCGGGACCAGCCAGAUCAGCCUCAAGCAAUGGUCGGUUGCCGUGGCAGUGUUCAAGGACCCCUACUUGGACGCACCAGAUGACUUGGUGCUGCGCUGGGCUCGCCUUGCCCUCUCCUGCACCACCAUGCCUGCAGCCUCCCGCCCCUCCAUGAAUCAAGUGCUGGGAGAGCUGGUGAAGUUGAAGGAGGAGGCAAUCGGAGCACAUGAGAGCCACGUGGGUGAGGCCAAAUCUCGCACAGACAUGGAGCUUGGGAGCUCCAUUGGCUCCUCCAGCUUCACUGCUGAAAUGGCCCGUGCGGAGCGCGAGGGCAUGCCAAGUGUCUCUUCCACGUAA